AUGACGGUUAUCCUGGCUGAUGACCAGUUCACCACGUACUACGGAGUCGAUGCUGACAGCCAGGGCACGAUUGCCGCCGUGCCCUGGGCGACGACCGGUCUGGCACAGCUGUUUGUCGGUGGUACUCUGGCCAGCUUCGUCGGCAGGCUCUGGGCACUGCGCAUCUCCAUCAUGGUCAUGAUGAUCGGCAUCGUUGUGCAGUGUGUCCCAAACACAUAUGGCGUACUGAUCCUCGGGCGUCUCAUUACUGGACUGGGCUUCGGCUGCGUAUACAUUGCGACGUCCUUGUAUGUAGCCGAGUGCUCUCCUCGGUUGCUCCGCGGCAGUUUCGUCGGUACCGUCACUCAGUUUGGCUACCAACUCGGCACGCUCAUCGCCUUCUGGGUCGGCUACGGAAUGAGCUAUGUCAAGUCGCCAUUCAACAUUGCCUGGCGCGUGUCCAAUCUGCUCCAGCUACCUAUUGGCAUCGCCUUUCUCGCCAUCAGCUUCUGGUAUCCCGAGUCGCCCAGAUGGCUGCUGGAAAAGCAGCCAGACAACUCGGAGCGCGUCCUCAGCGUCCUGUGUAAACUGAGAAUAGGAGAUGAGAAUUCCGAGCACGUCCUCGCAGAGUACCAUGAGCUUGUUGCUGCUCAACAGGCCCGCGCGCGCUACGACGCGGGUUACAAGGGUAUCUUCAAGUCGAAGGGCAUGCGUAAGCGUUUGUUGUACGGCCUCUAUGCUACGGCGCUGCAGCAGGCUGGUGGCAUAGCGUCUCUCACCAUGUAUGCGGCACUCAUCUACAAAAGCCUAGGAUGGGAUCAAGGCAGCCAGGCUCUGUCUAUCAAUGGAAUCCAAGCUGCCCUUCAGCUUGUCAUCGUACUUGUGAAUACAUUUACCGUCGACAAAUUUGGGCGGAGAGCCCUUCUCCUAGCUGGCUUCGCGAUCCAAGCUACUGCACUCCUCAUUCUCUCAUCCCUUACCACUGCAUUCCCUGAGAACAACAAAAAGGCCGCUGCCGUGGUUGAAGUCGCCAUGCUGUUCAUCGUAGGCCUGACAUACUGCUGGUCCAACGGCCCCAUUCCGCCUGCGAUUGCGUCGGAGAUUUUCCCGCAAGAAGUGCGGGACAAGGCGUUUGGAUUCUCGCUUCUCGGUCAGACGACGUGUUUGCUGGCGCUCACGCAGCCGUGGCCGCGCUUCAACAAAGAGGUUGGAGGAAAGAGUCAUUGGCUUCUGUUCUGUCUCAACACUGUUCUUUUGGUUUCCGUGUAUUUUAUCCUCCCCGAGACCAAGGGCAUCUCGCUGGAACGCAUGGACAAGUUGUUCGGUGAGGUUGAUGCUGUUGAAGCCGGAGAGCAGGGACAAGGUCUUGAAAAGGCUGAGGCCCUGGCGCGGUCAUAUGUAGAGCAUCGCGAGGUGGUGGACGAAAAGGGCACAGAGGUAUUGCAUGUCCAGUCUGAGAAGGCGGUUUGA